UACGACCAACGGCAUCUCUGCACAAGAGUGGUUGGUAUCAAUCUCUCGCUCUCCUCCGCUUGCCUCGGCAACACUUGUCACUCGCUCUCGAUUUAUAGUCGAAAACUGAAACCCACGCGCUCCUUCCUUUACUACACAAUCCAGCCAAGAUUGUUGGAUACGUACGCUGACUUUUCUGAGGUAUCUUUUCCUAAACAACCGUUUAUCCCAAUCAUUAUCGAUCCGUCUACGGCUCGACCAUGUCGAGUAGUAAGGGGGAAGCGUGUGCGCCCGGGGGUAUCUCUUUACCCUCGUCAACGACGGUGCGGGUGUCGCUCGUUGUAUUUGCCAUGUUCCAAAUUACGCUGGCGGCGGGUCUCAUUGUGGGUUGGGCUGGUAUUGCUGGUAGUAUGCUGGCGGCGCCCCAAUCCCACGGCGGGGCCGGAAUCUCACUCGACGACGCCACGCAGUUGUUCGGACUCGCGGCGAGCAUUAACUACAUUGCUCCACUCUUGUUGGGUAUUGUUCUGGACCACCGGGGACCCCGGUCCUGCUCGGUGCUGUCGAAUACGUUGGUUGCUACGGGGUGUGCCGUGUUCGCCGCGGCGGGAGACUUGCGCACGUACAGUAUGGGCAUAGGAUUGGUGGCGUUUGGUGGACCGGGAGUGCAGACUUCGUUGAUGCAUGUAGGGAACCUCUUUCCACAACGGCGCUUUUUUGUCAUGGGUGUUGUAGCAGAAACAAUCACCUUGUCCUUUGCCGUCUUUCCGCUCAUGGAUAUUCUAUGGGAAACCACGGGUUGGACAUUUCGAGGCUUGUUUGGAUGUCUCGGGCUCGUGGUGGCAAUGUCCGCUUUGGGCUCCUUCCUCGUAUGGCCCGAUUCUCCUUACGAAAUUCAAGAAACUGUCGUCCUCGGGUUGGACCGGAAUCCCGAAGGAACCAUUGAUAAGAUCGAAGACGCCAUCGAAGAGACACUCUUGACACCCGCCGACAAAGAUGGCAAACACAGUAUGAACUGUCUACUGGACCUGCCCAUCCAAGGACAGCUCACAAGCGGUGUCUUUAUCCGUCUGAGCAUCUUUUUCCUGGUAACGAGCUUUUGGGCCAAUUUUUACAUUGCUACCGUCACGACCGAACUCGGUGACCAACAGCUGUUUGAUUUUGAUACGCAACACCAGUUGGCGCGAUUGCUGAGCUUUAUUGACGCCGGUGCCAUCGUAUGUGCUCCCGUUAGUGGAUUUCUUUUGGACUCGGUGGGCUUUAUCCCAACGGCUUUCAUCACGAUCACAUUGGGAAUUGUCCAAAUGGCUCUAUUGAUGAUUGCCGGGUCCAAUGAGAAUAUUAUGAUUGCCAGUUUCGUCUCCUACGCCAUUUUUCGCGCCUUUCUGUUCCCUUACUUUUUUGCCAGUCUUUCGAAAAACUGGGCUUUCGCUUCUUCGGAGUCUUAUCCGGAAUUUCCUUCAGCAUUUCAGGAGUUUCGCAACUCUCAAUUGCACCGCUGGCAAAUCGUGUCGAAGGAACUUGUCACGAAUACGAAGACGCCUUCUUUAGCAACUGCAGCCAAGACGUGCCAAUCAACAGGAGACUUUGCGAAAACGGCGUCGCACACUGGAAAGUUCUACUUCAACCUCGUACGGGUCUACAGGGGAGGUGAACUAAUCCUGGCUAUGCCCUAUUGAAGGACAAGAAUAUGCGGCGUUUGUCGGUUCUAUUCGUUCCAAACAAUACAUUGUGGAUGGUUUUGUGUACAUUCCACGAAAAUAAAGUCGCCGGUUCAAAGUGAGGGGAGAAGCCAUUUUUGUUUUCCUAUACUUUUAGGCAGUAACUUACGUGAGAUUUUCAUUGAAAUAAAUACGAAAGAGAUGGUGGGUUGACACUAACAUAAACAAUCGUUUUUU